UUUCACAGGCUGGUCCUCGCGUCACACACCGUCACGCGUGUACAUGAAGGCUGCGCACACGGAGACAAACACACGGACGCAGAGACACGAUGUGACACUCGGCCGCGCGUAAUUUGCGCAUUUUUGGAGAGCGGGGACUUUUACGCGCCGCUGUACGUGCGGUGAUUUGACAUUUCUCCGGCCGCCUGCUGCAGCUGGAGCGACUCCAGGGAUGCUGCGGCUCGUCUGGCUGCCGGAGUGCCGCCGCGCAACCACCGGCUGCGCCCUCCGCCUCUGCUGAACGGGAUUUUUUUGCGCCACUUUGCCUCCCAACUAUGGAUCCCUCCCGGGACGUCUGAGCGUCCUCCUCAGCCUGCACCAUGGGGAACAGCCUCUCCAACCUGGCCGCCUUCCAGUCCCUGCACAUAGUCAUGCUCGGCUUGGACUCUGCGGGUAAAACCACCGUCCUGUACCGGCUGAAAUUCAACGAGUUCGUCAACACGGUGCCGACCAUCGGCUUCAACACGGAGCGGAUCCGGCUGGGCGGCGCGGGGGCCUCCAGGGGCAUCAGCUGCCACUUCUGGGACGUCGGGGGCCAGGAGAAGCUGCGGCCCCUCUGGAAGCCCUACAGCCGCUGCACGGACGGCAUCGUGUACGUGGUGGACUCGGUGGACGCGGAGCGGCUGGAGGAGGCCCGCACCGAGCUGCACAAGAUCACCCGCUUCUCCGAGAACCAGGGCACCCCGCUGCUGGUCAUCGCCAACAAGCAGGACCUGCCGCGGGCGCUGGACGUCGGGGAGAUCGAGAGGCAGCUGGCCCUGGCCGAGCUGAGCCCCUCCACCCCGUACCACGUCCAGCCGGCCUGCGCCAUCAUCGGAGAGGGUCUGGACGAGGGCAUGGACAAGCUGUACGAGAUGAUAGUGAAGAGGAGGAAGUCUCUGAAGCAGAAGAAGAAGAGGCAGUGAUGGGAUCAAUCAUUCCAUGGAAGCAUUAUGGGAUGGAUCCAGUGACACACAGCAGAUUAAAUACACCGUCAGUACUGAUCAUUACAGCAACAAUCUCCAUGUAUGAAGGAAAUAUAUUUAUAGUGAGCUUAAAAUCAACUCAUCCACAUGUUCCUACAGAAGUAUCAGCAGAAACUGCAUCGUCAUAAAUGAUAUAGGAUCGUAAAAUAAUCAUAUUAAUCUCUGAUUUAUGGGGGGGAGAUGGUUGACUGUUUUUACUGAGUGUGUGAGUGAGUCUCUGAUGCAGGAGUAUUAAUAGGAGCGUUUCAUUAGGGAUGUCUGCAUUGUAGCGGAGAUGUUUUCUAAAGAGUAUGGAUCUCCUGGCAGAGCUCCCUGUUGCUGCCUGCCGUGUUGUGCUGUGCACAGAUGUGAGGCUGCUGUAAAUGUGAUUAGGGAUGCACUGAUGCACAGGCUGGUGUUUGGAGCUGAGAGGUGGCGUUACACCAAAGAUGAUUCCCCUGAGAAGACACAUUAAAAAAACCUCUGUGUUGUUUUGUGUUUUGUUUUUUUUGCAACCCUCCCUGCCACGCUGAUGAGAGAAUAUGCAGCUGAAAUCUACAGGUGAAGGUUCAAAGCAGGUGAAAGCAAGAAUGAGGCAGAUUGGAUCGUAUGUUGCAGCUUAUUUUGCACAAGUGUCUUCCUCAGAGAAACCACCUUUGAUUCUUCCUCUUCUGGAAGCCAUAUUGGAGGCCUUCAGCUCUGUGAACAGCUGAUUUCUUCUGUUUUAAACCGUUUUAUGCCUCAUCUGUUUAGUUUUGACUGUUUUCCUACAAGUGAAAUAACAACUAGUCGCUCAGUAAGUUGCCAUGUGCUAGUUUAAAGCUGCAUAUACAAAAUUUCCUGCAGCCACCUGCGAUGAUUUGCUUUUAGAUACUUGAAUAGAGUGCAUUAGUGAAACUAAACACUACACUUGCUGUUUGUUUCCUUUUAAGUUGCAGGGAUAUAUGUAGCAAUUAGGGCUGCAACCAACAAUUAUUUUCAUUUUUGAUCGAUUGUUGUCAAUUAACAGAUUAAUUGUGUGCUCUGAAAGGUCAAACUAGUAUUUCCCAUAUCCCAAGAUGACGUCUUUAAAUGUUGUUUUUGUUCUCAACCUGAAGAUACUCAGUUUACAUGUGAUAGAGAUCAAAAUAAUUCAGAUAAUAUUCACAUUUAAGAAGCCUGAAUCAGAGAAUUCAGACUUUUUACUUAUUAAAAAAAUGACAUAAACCGAUUAAUCCCUUAUCAAAAUAGUUGGCGAUUAAAUGAUUAUUUGAUUAAUCGUUGCAGCCUCUGUAGCAAUGGCUGGUUAUGUCAGCUGUGCACCAAAUGUCUUCAUAUCUCUAUGCACAAAAAAAGCUACCGAACAAACAAAUCAAACUACCAUCAGAUAUGUUUUCCAUUACAACUUGCAGAGAAACAAUUCGCAGUCGUCGGCAUAUAGAGUGAAUCUGUUUGCAGGAUUCAAGCAAAAACAGAUUUAGGUUCUCCGAAAAUAGUAGUAUUUUUUUAAUCAGCUGUUCCUCAGAGUUAUUGAAGUGUAAUUAUACUGCAUCGCAGACUGUUCGAACCUGCUGAGAGAUUGUCGAGAAGCCAAGUGUCUUCCUGAAACAAACCGACAGGCUGGAACCUGUUCAGCUGCUCCUCAUUGAACGAUAACUAAUCAUAAACAUACUGUGGUCGGAGCUGGUUAAAUAAAAUCAAUACAAAUCUGACAGUAUUAAUAUAUUAUUCCAUCCACCUGACUGUGACAGCUUGCAGAUAGUUUAUAAAACUGACAUUUGGUCUUAAAUGACAGGACUGUUGAAUGUCUUACAUAGACUGUUGUAUUAUGCCGCGUUCACGUCAACACAGAAGAGUUUCGUUUCAAAAUAAUUCAGUUGAAAGUAGCAGCGAUUGUAUGUUGAAGGUGAUUCUAUCAUUACUGAGUAUCUACUUGUAGCUGCCACCAGGGAGCAGACAUGAAUGUUACUUUUUCGCAGUCAGUCUCACCUUUCCGACGUGAACGUGGCGUCCUUCUCCUCAGUCGAGCUGCGUUCAACAUUGCAUGACAGCCACUACUUCAGACAAUGUAAACUAUACAGUAUAAUGUUACAGCCAAGAUACAGCAAGACCAAACGAUGUGUUAACAUGCCAAAAUGGAAAAAAGAAAAAAGUAUUUUUGGGAUUAAACUCUUUGUAACUGAA